UUCUUUUUCAGUUGAUGUUUGAUUUUCUUUGUAUUAUAUCAACUCUUGCAUCAAAAUAUUUGUAUAAUCUUUAUUCAUUUAGAAAACUUACUAUUAACAAUUUUCUUCGGAGACAACACAUCAUAUCUCUCUUUCCUUUCUUGAGGGUUUAUAGGGAAGCAAUUUAUUUGAAGUCAGUGUCAGUAAUAUGGGAUCAUCCAGAACAAUAAACUCAGGGAUAUCUUUGUUUGAAAUUGAAUAUGGACGUUGGAUUGAAGAACAAGAUCGACAAAACGAAGAACUAAGAAAUGCAUUGCAAACUAAUGCAUCUGAUAUACAACUUCAUCUACUUGUCGAGAGUAGCUUGAACCAAUACUCAAAUCUUUUCAGAAUGAAAGCAGAAGCUGCAAAGAUUGAUUCUUUAUAUUUAAUCUCUGGCGCAUGGAAGAAGCCGUUAGAACGCCUUUUUCUUUGGUUUGGAGGAUCCUGUCCGUCACAGCUUCUAAACAUCGUUGUACCGAAGCUCGAUGCUUUAACUGAUCAACAAAUUGUUAACGUUAACAACCUUCGUUUAUCCUCUCUUCAAGCUGAAGAUGCUCUAACAGAAGGGUUAGAAAAACUACAGCAGAGUAUGAUCAACAACAUUCAAGCUGAUCCACUGGAUUUUGGAAACUACGGCUUUCAGAUGGCAGCUGCUGCCAUUGAGAAAGUUGAAGCAUUAGAAAGUUUUGUAAACCAGGCAGAUCACCUCAGGCAACAAACUCUGGUGUACAUGUCUCGUAUCUUGACAAUUGUGCAAGCUGCUCAAGGCUUGCUGGCUAUGGGGGAUUACUUUCACCGUCUUCGCACUUGUAGUUCUUUGUGGACUUCUCGUUCAUCAGGUAUCUCUUUAUUUGAAAUCGAAUAUGGACGCUGGAUUGAAGAGCAAGAUAGACAAAACAAAGAACUAAGAAAUGCUUUGCAUAAUAAUGCAUCUGAUAUACAACUUCAUCUACUUGUUGAGAGUAGCUUGAACCAAUACUCAAAUCUUUUCAGAAUGAAAGCAGAAGCUGCAAAGACUGAUGUUUUCUAUUUAAUCUCUGGCGUAUGGAAGAAGCCGUUAGAACGCCUUUUUCUUUGGUUUGGAGGAUACCAUCCAUCACAGCUUCUAAAUAUCAUUGUUCCCAAGGUUGAUGCUUUAACUGAUCAACAAAUUGUUGACAUUAACAAUCUCCGCUUAUCCAUUCUGCAAGCUGAAGAGGCUCUAACACAAGUGUUAGAAAAAAUCAAGCAGAGUAUGAUCAGCAGCAUUCAAGCUGAUCCCAUGGAUUUCGGAAACCACGGCUUUCAGAUGGCUGCUGCCAUGGACAAAGUAGAAGCAGUACCAUCUUUUAUAAUCCAGGCAGAUCACCUUAGGCAAGAAACUCUGGUGCAGAUGUCUCACAUCCUAACAAUUAGGCAAGCAGCUCAAGGUUUUUUGGCUAUGGGGGGAUACUUUCACUUGCUUCGUAAUUUUAGGACUCGUUUGAUGUCCAAGAUAUAAUAGCAUAUAGACCUUGAUAAGCAUGUAAUAUAAUAUAUAAUAUAGAUAACAUUUGUCCGUUUGAUGGUUAGGAUGGAAAGACACGAUAUGAUAAUCAUAUCCUCCUUAAAUCUCAUGUUUGAUGCACCAAAGGGAUAGGAUAAAAUAAACCAUUUUCCUAUCAUAUCCUGAUUUUCCUUUGUAAUUUCUAUCAUUAGUAUAAGCUAGUAUAAGAUGGGUUAGAAAUUAUCCUGACGGGAUUAGAACAUCAUUUUUUAUUUA